AUGGGUGGUGGUAACGGAGCCAAGGCUGCGCAGAAACGCGCCCGGAAUGACAAGAAGGCCGGUACGAAGGCUGUCUCGCAGCUGAAGAGCGUAAGUUCCCCGUGGUAUCCCAAGUACGAUGCUAGCACCACUGAGGAGGAUCUAACGCGGACCUUUCUCAACAGAACACUGCUGCGAUGA